CUAGCUUCUCAAGAACUGAACCAAGCGCUUCUAUUUAUAACAGUACAUUCUCACGCCUUUGACACCAUCUCCAGCGAGAACGAUAACCAGCUAGCAGAGUCAAAAGAGAAAAACGUUUCCUUCUGCGAUUUCUUUUGGGGGGAUUUGUUUUGUAGUACGCAAUAUUAUUUGGCUUGUUGCACCAACCAAACCACCAUCAUCAAUGGCUUCAAUGCAGGAACCAUGCCUUCUUGAAAAUGGCAACGUUAAAUUAUUAAGCAAGGAGAUGCGACACGGAAGAACUGCUCAUAACAUGUCUUCCUCUUCUCUGCGCAAAAAAUCUGAUCUGACCCUUGUUUCGAAACUCCGCUGUGGGUUGCUUAGAAAUUUGUUAACAAAUCUUCAGGAAGUCAUUUUAGGGACUAAGCUUUCUGUUCUUUUCCCCGCCAUUGCACUCGCCAUUGCUGCUAAGUGCUAUGGCUUCGGAAGACCGUGGGUUUUUGCUCUCAGUUUGCUUGGACUAACCCCGCUAGCCGAACGAGUCAGCUUUCUCACUGAGCAAAUUGCUUAUUAUACCGGUCCAACAGUGGGAGGACUCCUAAAUGCAACUUGUGGCAAUGCAACUGAACUGAUAAUAGCUAUUUUUGCACUAAGCCAACAAAAGAUAGAGGUGGUAAAGUAUUCCCUCUUGGGUUCCGUACUGUCAAACCUGCUUUUGGUUCUUGGGACCUCUUUAUUCUGUGGUGGGAUUGCAAACGUUGGAAAAGAACAAAAAUACGACAGAAAACAAGCUGACGUGAAUAUACUGCUUCUGCUACUGGGAUUGUUGUGCCACAUGCUGCCAUUGUUGUUUCGAAUUGCGGGCGCUUCUACUGCUAUUACUGCACUCCCAACACUGCAGCUCUCGAGAGCGAGUAGUAUUGUUAUGCUUCUUGCAUACGUUGCAUACAUCUUCUUUCAACUAGUCACACACAGGCAAUUGUUUGAAGCGCCUCAGGAAUCCGAGGACGGUGAUGAUGAUGUUCCAGAAGAAGUGCCUGUUAUAGGAUUCUGGAGUGGAAUUAUUUGGCUAGUAGGAAUGACUGCUGUCAUUGCUUUGUUGUCUGAAUAUGUUGUUGGCACAAUUGAGGAUGCUUCUGAUUCUUGGGGCCUAUCAGUUAGCUUCAUUAGCAUUAUUUUGCUACCUAUUGUUGGAAAUGCAGCAGAACAUGCUGGAGCAAUCAUUUUUGCUUUCAAGAACAAGUUGGAUAUAUCUUUAGGUGUUGCUUUGGGUUCUGCAACUCAAAUUUCCAUGUUUGUGGUUCCAUUAUGUGUGAUUGUUGCUUGGAUAAUGGGUAUUAAGAUGGAUCUUAAUUUCAAUCUCCUGGAAACUGGUACUCUUGCUCUAGCAAUUAUCGCCACAGCCUUCACUUUACAGGAUGGAACUUCUCAUUACUUGAAAGGAUUAGCUCUACUGCUGUGCUAUGUUGUCAUCGGAGCUUGCUUUUUUGUGUUGAAAACACCACUUAGCCAUGGAAAUGUCACUAAUUUCGGAAUUAAGGCAGCACCUGGAAUUGUCCUCGCAGCUUAAUAUAUGUAUGGUCCGGCCUCAAUGUCAAGUUCAUGGCUGCUUCAAUUGGGAUUUUUGCGUUCAAAAAUAUUGACAGAUUGGAUGCAUUUCUUAUUCUUUCAUCUUCAUUGAAACCGCCCGGAUCGAUCCAUGUCCAUCAUCUGCUGGAAAACAAGCAUUUUGUGUUUUAUUUAUGAUUAUGGUUGCCAUGCAUGCCUUCAGAGGUGAAAUGGAAGAUUUUACAAAAUUUGCUGCUUUGUGGAGACAGGCUGCAUACAUCUAAAUAUUAUAUAUGUUAUAUAUAUUGUAUAGAUAUUGUAACUGGAUUUGAUUUUCUUGUAUGCCAAUAUAGAGAGGAGUGGCAUAUGGCAUGUGGCUUUUUCUGUGCUCUUGAUUAAAAUUAAUAAAUUUAAACAGUUUUUGUUUAAGCCUCCAA